GUACUGUUGACGCCGAAGCAGGAGCAUUCAAUCAAGGCGUACCGAGGUAGAUACAUACCAGAACCCAAUUAACUGAUCAGUACGGUACAUGUAGCACUACUAAAGAAUGAGAUUGUUCCUUCUCUUACUGUCCUUGCUCGCCCCCCUUGGCGGCCAUGGCUUGUCCAGCAACGGUUUGAAGACCUUCAAGUCGAGCGUUUCCAAACUUCAAAAGCAAAUCGCAAAAAAGCCAAAAGCUCCAGAGCCGCCGUUGCUGGAGCGCAUCGGCCUGGAAAGCAACACAGAACCCAAAACCUUCCAAUUCCUCUUCCAGCAAAUCCCAGAUCUUCUCACGGCGUCCUUUCCGCUUUUGUUUCGGCUGGGGACGGGCAUGUUCUCGGAUGGCUAUUCGAUUUCCUUGGGACCUCGAGAUGACAAGCGGUAUACCGUCUUGGCAUUGGGCAAUUCGCAGAUUCGGGAAAUCUCCACCACGGUCAAAUAUUCCAAACAGAAUUUACCAAUCAUGCUAUACGAAUUUGAAGGUUGUCCCUUUUGUCGCAAAGUGCGAGAAGCCGUCUCCAUGUUAUCGUUGGAAGUCACAUUUUUACCAUGCCCCAAUGGAGAAACCAACUUUCGACAAAACUUGACCACCACGACGCCCUUUCUCGUUGAUCCCAAUACCGGCGUCCAAAUGGCCGAAUCGGAUGAUAUUAUCAAUUAUCUCUAUCGAGUAUACGGCAGUACCAAAUCCAAAAUUCCCAAAACAUUGAACCCCGACAAUCCACUCGUACCACUGUCUGCCGCGUUGGGGUUGUUGCCACGCAUUGCCCGUGGGACUACCUACCGGGCAUCGAAUGUUCCGGAAACGCCCCUCGUUGUCUGGCUCUACGAAGGAUCGCCCUUUUGUAAAAUUGUCCGUGAACGACUCGUGGAAUUGGGAUUGCCACAUACGCAGAUCUCGUGUCCGCGGGGGAGUUACAAUCGAGAUCGAUUGUUUGAUCAGACAGGAGGCAAGUUUCAAGUCCCUUACCUGGAAGAUCCCAAUACGGACGUGAAACUCUUUGAAUCAGCUGCCAUUAUCGAGUAUUUGGAAAAAGUAUAUGGACUUCCAGAACCCAAUGUCAAGUAUUUGUAA